CGUCGUGAGAGAUGGCCGUGUCCGCGCGCUCGCUCACGCUAGCACUCGCGGCGAUCGCGAUCGUAACCGCGCGCGCUCACAUUCCCUCCCACGAUAACAUAUUCAGAAUACAACUGUGGGACGCCGAGGGCCUCAGUCGCGAACCCAUCACCACCCAGCCGCCCACCACAGUCCACGCCAAACACAAGUUGAGGGUCAGCUUGGACUCCCUCAACGACGCCAUGCUGGAGGAGUGGUACGGAGCCGGCAGGUUUGCGAGGCACCGGGUGCGGCACAAGCGCCGCCGGCCUCGCCACAGCGGCGACUUCCCGUGGAAGUUCCACCACGGCGGCGAAGCCAUUAAUGUGCUCACGUACGACAACGAAGUGCCGUGGGAUGUUAUCGAAGCCCAGAGACGCGUGAAUGCCAGUGCAGUGAGUGACAGUGCCAGUUCCCCUGAGGAGCGGGACGUUUCCCCUCCGAUGACGCUGCGCCUUCCCGAGGAGGAAGAAGAAGUAAAACGUCUGCCAGUGGUGCCAAAAUGCUGCGCCAGCGGGCAGAACCUCAGCGUCAGCUAUGAAGACGGGAAGGUCAAGUCCGUCUGCUCCCGCUCCAGCCUGACCUUCCAGCCCAACUUCUUCAAGGCCAACGACACCCACAUGUGGAGCUACGACAGCAACCUCUACGAGACCCUCGUCGGGAACCCUUGCAGCUACGACAGGUACCCAUUAGAACCGGACAAAUUCAGUACAGAUGAGUUCUACCUCCUCGUGAAUGGUUCUUUGUUUGUGCCAUACAACAACCCGCCUUUGUUGGGAACCCGAGACUUUUGUAUGGAGACCUUCUAUAACGAGUCGAACCCAGCCGGGGUUACUUUGCCAUUGGUGUGCUUUACUUCUCCUAUGGAAGAGACUAAGACUUCUGCUACAUUAAUAGCAUAUGCUACUGGCCUAAUAAUAUCCGUACCGUUCCUGAUAGCCACUGCCUGUGUGUACACUUUCAUCACGGUGCUCAGAGACACACACGGCAAGGCUCUGGCGUGCCAUACCAUCUGUCUGGCAAUCGCGUUCUUGUGUCUGGCAACGACACAACUGGCAGGGCACGCAUUUCCAAAUGGUGUUUGUACUACUAUGGCCUACCUCAUCCAAUUCUCGUUUGUAUCGUGCUUCUUCUGGCUGAAUGUGAUGUGUUUCGAUACGUAUUUGAAUGUUAGGCGAUACAUCAACUCUUCAGUGAGCAGAAGAAGCAUGCGUCGCCGUUUCGCGUGGUACUGCGCGUACGCUAUACUCCUGCCCGUGGUUUUGCUCGUGGUCACCGUGGUGAUGGAGCUGUCGCCCGCUGUGCCCAGCACUUAUCUUAAGCCCAACUUUGGGGUUAAAGGCUGUUGGUUCAAAACGGACCAAGCAGCGUUGCCUUAUUUCUAUGGACCAGUUGCUGUGAUCCUCAUCAGCAAUCUAAUUAUAUUCUUCUUCACAUCGAGAGCCUUUGCAGUACAUUACGACAAACUAAAAGACAUAACACCAUUAGACAUGGCGCACUCAGACUUCAGCACGUCAGACGACUGGGUGCGCCUGGGCACGGUGCUGGGGCAGACGAUACCGGCGCACGAGCGGCCGUCGUCUCCACCUCAGGACACGCAAGACAAUUUCAACCAGCGGCUAAAGAAAUAUAAGAAAAUUUUCCGAACAUGUUGCAUGUUGUCGGUCAUCAUGGGCCUGUCAUGGGUGCUCGAGGUGGUCUCCUGGGCGGCCGGGCAGGGCACCACAGCCGUCUCUGUGUGGUCGGUGUUCGACCUCAUCAACGCCUUGCAAGGAGUCGUCAUCUUUGCGAUCUUUGUGCUGCAGCAGCCAAUCAGAUCGCAUGUGAAGGCAUCAAUGUUCUUCAGGAGCUGUCGAAGGAAAACCAACGGUUCUGAAGUGUCCGUGGUGAGUGACAGAAACAGUAUCAUUAGCCCGGGCAGGAGGGACUACGUUUAGUUUGCCCACGGAAUAUUUUGUGAUGGUGCAUUUCACGACAUUUUGGGCAAAAAGUGCGUGCUUAGAGAAAAUAACAAGAAUUGUGAGAUCGUCUUGCCUUCAGACGUCGAGAGACUACGUUAGGUUUGCCCGCGGACUAUUUUGUGAUCAGUGUAACUCGUAUUUUGCCACAUUUCGGGCAAAAAUAGUGCGUGAUUAGUGCAGUUAAAUGAACAAUAAUUGCGAGACUCGCUACAAACGUGUGUGUACUUGUGUGAAGUGGUUAUAAAACAAGUGAAGAUUGAGACUGAUAAGUGCAGUAUUAUUCGGUAGAAGGUCGAGUGGUCUGAUAUCAAAUGCAAUUGCGAAAACGGAUUAUAUUUCAUCACAUUAUUGUGGAAUUAAAUUCUGAUUCUUCUAAAUAGCCAAUUAUCAAGCCUAAACUAAGCAAGCCUUGAGUUACUUUUGAAGAGAACUUCAAGUUACAUUUUAACUUCUCAAUUAAAGAAAAAUGCAUUCUUAUUUAAUCACUAUUACCUACAUGCUUUUACAGUCACUAGUACAGUUCAUAACGUGUGAAACAAACGAACGAUUGAAUUGUAGAGUUGGCUUAAUAAUCGAUAACUCUGAUGUAAUAAUGGCUGUCAUGAAACGAGACAUCAAUAACAAAAUUCUAUUUAAAUAUUUGUUCAAAAGCCAUUGUCGUAGUACGUUAUGAUCUGGCAAACGACGCAUCAUUUCAAUAUUACGAUAGUUUCAGAUCGUUAUGCAUGAACUUUUCAUAGCAAUAGUCUUUAUGAGCUGCGUUUAAAGUUUGUUUGAUUUUCCAGGACGACUUCACUCACAGUUAUUCAGAUUAAUAUCAAGGAUCAAUUUUUAUACAGUACUAGAUUAAACUGAAUGGUUCAUAGACCUAAACGAUUAAUUUAAACGCACAUGUAGACACUUCAAUUUAGCCUUGAAAAUGCAAUUAAGUGACUAUGAGGCUGAGUUGCACCACCUAACUUUGACCGUAACUUUAACGAUAACCGGUGUUUUUUGUAUGGAGUUUGAUAGACUUUUGACGUUUGUCAAAGUUAAAGUAAGAUGGUGCAACCCAGCCCUAAAAGUUCUUAUUCCUAUACAUUUACCCGUUCUUACAGUUCAUAAUAAGCAUUUCAAUUUGUUGAUCGUGUCCAAUACCCAAUUACGCUUCCUGAUUUUUAUAAAGAAUUCAGUGGCUUUUUUAAGACAUUGUAAAUAUUAAAAAAGUGUGUUAAAACCUUAAUGAAGUCGUAAACUGCGUUUGAUAUCAGACAGCUACAUUAAAACAUCGUAAUAAAAUGGAAGGUGUAUAAAAUUCUUUCAUGAUUUUAUUCCUGUGAUAGCGCCUUAAAAAUGUAUGCUAAUUUGCAUGAAUUUCCAAUAUGUAAUUUAUUUUGCAACAGUAACUAUCAUUAUACGACAAGUAGUAAGCUCAAACGUGUUUUGUUGAGAAUUUAUUGAGUAUUUUUAUUAGUUGAAGUUACCAAUUUAUUAUAAGGCUGGGGGCUACAAUGACGAUGAGUUUAUUAUUUUUGAUGCAUGUGUUUGAUUUAAAAAAAUAAUAGAUUAGUAAUUACUAUUUGCAUGAUUCUAUUUUGAGUGUUAAUUUUAAAACAAAAUUGGAUUUAAAUUAAGACUAAAGUUUUUGGAGGCUUGAUAAAAUCGCCGCCAAUGUAGUCCCAGCAUUGCAAACAGCUUGUUAUCGCUACGGUUGUUAUAGGAAAAUAAUGUGUAAGAAAAUUAAGAUAUUUUUAUAACGUUGAUGAUAUGCAUGACCAAGACAUACGCAUUAUUACGAACGGCACUAGUAGAAUGUCGUCACUUACACUGCGGCUAUACGAUGCGUUGAAAAUUUAUACCAGUAUACUCAAAGCUCGUGAAAAAAUAAAUAAACAGACUUCCCGGGAUGUUUACUAAACACUCUUUUAGACUAUCAUCCAAAGUGUUUAUUAUUAUUAUAGGAUUGACUUUUCAAUUUUGUUUGUGAGUGAUAAAAGUGUAAAUAAUUAAAAAAUUUCAAUUGCUCUACAAAUUAAAAAUUAACCCUAUCUCUGAAUUCUAUUCAAAAAUGAUGCAUGAAAUCUACGUCAUGGAAACAAAUGAAGGAAAAAUUGCUUUACGCUUAUUCCUAAGCUGGUAUGAAGUCGUCUUUCUGUAAUUACUUAAUAAUACUCUUUGCUGUGUUUGAUACGCCUUAGGACAAAAUAAACUGUCUUACAACGCAUCGUAUAGACGCGCCAUUAUUCCUAUUCAUUGCUUCAAAUAUUAUGGUCUGACCAAACCGUGCACUCGUUCGAAUCGCUUUAUGGCCAAAGUUUUUAUUGUUAUGUUCUGAGCCGCAACCAAAGUUAAUUAAAUAUUUGAGAAUUUUAUCGGCGAUUCCGUGAACUGUUCAAAAUCAUUAAUAUCGGGGAACUAAAGACGCAUUUUAUAUUUCUUUGCUUAAUAAGACGACAUGGUCAGACUAUAAUGUGGUUAGUUUCAUAGUUAAUGUACAGUGCCAUAAAACUAAUUAGAUUAUAAAGAAUGAUUGGUGCAUUUUGUUUCUUUUCAUGGGAAGCUAGUCAUAAUUAAUGUAAUUGAUGUUAUGAAGAUGUAAGUUACUAUUUAAAUAUUUAUUUAAGUUAAUGUUUUAAACUAUGUUUAUUUUACAAAGACGUCGCAUUUAACUGGAUAGUUUAUUGUAUAAUAAUAGUGACCAAAUAUCCUUCACGUUGAUAUUUUGACCUAAGUAAUUUAUUUUUAUUAUUUUUAACUGACGCCUAAGCGCAUACGCUAUACUACUAUAGUGUCUUUCAGUCACGAGCAAUAUUCGCCGCAUAAAUGUGAGCACAUUCACUCAGCUAUCUGAGUUUCCGUUUUGAAUGCGUACAUUUUAGUUAAGCUUUAGUCUUAUAAUAAUUAUCUCUAUUCAGUUGUAUUCACCACCGUUUACUUUAUUUAAGCCUCUAAAAGUGGAGUAUUCAUACUGAAGCCUGAAUUUUGUGUUCGCAAAAAAGUGUGCAAUUUAUUGGAGGCAAAAUGAUUCCGAAUAAGACUGUUCGUAUAUGGAUAUUGGAACCGGAAUACGUAAUAAAGUUAUUAAAACGCGAUUGCGCGUAACGUAAGGGAAAAAAACGUAAUGUGUUCGAGAAGAUUACGCUCGAUUGCAGUAUAAUUGUUUCGCUUAGGGCUAUAGCAGACUUGCUACUUUUAAAACGGUAAUCAGCUACUAAGUAGGUUUUAGAUCGAUCCCGCUAUAAUAUCAAAAUCAAUUUUUAUGUGCGUAUGGACACUGUAACGUUUAACGUUAAUUUGAAUUUGAAUAAGUAUAGCUUUGUGCCACAAAGCAGUAAAUGUAUCCGAUGUUAUCGAAUCAAAAAUUAAUAACGAAUGAUAACAUCGUAAUUCGAUAUACCCGAUAUACUUAUAUGACAUGAAUUGCGCGAUAUUUGAUACCACAAUCGAACGCAGCGUGCGUGUUGAAAAUAAUAUAGUCGAUAAAUUACUAAUUUUAAAAGUAGCAAUUGUACUAUAACCCUUAAAUUACACUUUUUAUAAUAAAGGGUUUACCCAUGUUGUAGAAGGAUUCUUGAUAUAAAUCUUUGUUUAAUUUUGUAAUAGUUUUGCUUCGGAGUAGCGUUGUAUUUUUCCCUAAACAUUUUUGUUCAAAGACAAAGAUAAGAAAUGUAAACUAUAAACUUACAUUUUAUUUGUCUACAAGUAAAAUAUACAAUAUAUGAAAUUAUAAUAAUUGUCGUAACAUGUUUUGCAAGCAUUUUAGAAUAUUCACACAAAAAAUGACAAUCCAUUAUCAACAAAAUUACUUUUGAAAUUAACGCGAGUGUUUAAUUGAAGUUGAAAAGUUAAAAUUCCACGACAAUAAUUAGAAUUACACCUUUUGUUCCACCUUAUUUCUAUAAUGUAGAAUUGUAUUGAUGUUCUUUUAGCCGAUGGAAAUUAUUGUAGUAAUGAAUUGUAUAGGAUUAUAAUCGAUUCAGCGACUUCUUGUCUAAAGGUUCGGCCAAACCAACGCGAUCACACGCGAUCAGCCGGAACGAUGGCGACCAGACUUAUGCAUUGAUCGCCAUCGCUUCACGCCAGCUGAUCGCGUUGUUUUGGCCGAACCUUUAUGGAAUGUAAUGUUUUGUCAUAAGUAGGCUAAAGAUUUCAUUUGAGGUAACUUAUCCUGUACCGAAGCAUUUGUAGCUAUCAUUGUGUCGGAAAGCAAACUUUUUUAAAUCUUGAUUAUGGAUAUUAAAACUCCCUAGCGAAUAGUCGCUUCUCAAACAAAAUUUUAAAUAAGUUGCUUAAUUAUGACUUUGUUGUCCGGAAAAAAAUGUUUAGAUGUCUCAAUCCUUAUUAAUGAAUUAAGCCUAUGCUUUCAAAGUUGCAUAAAAUAAUGUCGUCCAAUUAUCAAAAAACUAUUUAUAACACUUAUACGUAAUUGAAUGUAUACGAUAUUCGGACGAUUAUACAGUUUUAUACAUCUGAAACUCAAAAACUGCUACGUUUUUGAAGUGAAAUUCUUUCAUGAAAUCGCUGAAUUGAUUAACCGAAUGUAAUUAAGCUGUGUACAUUGAAAAUAAUUUAAGUUAGUUAACGCUGUAUUGUGUAACUAUGUACUAUACUAUUGUUAAAUGUUGAUGCGGAAUUUUUAAGUGGAAUGACGAUUUAAAUGAUGUAUAUUUGUCUAUUUUGCAAAACAUGACGUUAAAUAAACAAGCUUUAUAUAAAAA